CCUUCACCAAAGUCUCCUCGAGACACGCUGUGUACCAUCCUCUCGACUUUUAACCGCUCCUUACCGCUCUCCUCAGGCUUGCAUUAAUCUAACGACAACUCUCACUCUCUAUCUGUUGCGCCGAGUUGAGGAACCGUUGUUGAGACUACCUACCUCUUCCUCUCUGUCGAUCACGUCCACGCCCCGUACACGUGGCUCUGCCACUGUUCAGAAAUACUUUAACAACCAUCACCACCAUGCCUCCAAGAAGUCGCCAUUCCAAGUCUGCCAGCGUCGGGUCCAGCACUGGCGGCAGCACCGCCGUGGCCAGCACCACUAAUGGCGAGCCGCUGGCGCCUGGUCGCAGUGACAAGUCCUCCUCCCCCGCCUCAACCCGCAAACCUCGCUCGCGACCAACUACAUCUUCCGAAAACCCCAUUGUGGUUAUCCCUAGCUCCAAGUCAAAAAUUGAGCCUGUCGUGUCCCCCGCGCAGGACUAUAGCUUCUGGAAAUUUGUCUCGACCCUCGUGUUGAGCACGACCUUGGAAAUUGGGCUGCAGACCAUCGCUGGUCAACUAGGCACAGGAGAUUUGGCCGCCAUAUCCAGAAAGUCCGACUCGUGGGUGGAAAUCUCUGGUCUACUGGGUUGGAAGGUUGUUCAGUUGGCCAUAUACUGGUAUGGUGGGUUUGACGCUUACGAUGUCGCCUCGCUAUCUCUGCUACAGUCUACACCCACCACUCUUCUCCUGGGUCUUUUCUAUAAGAUCUCACCUACUACGCUCCUCUCGACAACAUUAUCCUCGCUCGUUUCGCUAACCCUGCCGUACUAUCUCCUCCGCCCUCUAUCACCAGCGCAUUCGCCCGCUUCUUCUCCCAAAUCGCUCCUCCGCAAUCGCUCUAUUCUCACAGACCCUUAUACGACCAUUGCCACAUCGCUUCUUUCGGCGGCCAUCUUUGCCGUUCUUCUGGAAGCGGCAUUGGCCACUGCACUUCCAACCUGGCUUGUGACCCACUUCCGAGGCCUGAAAACUCUCGAAGCUGCCCACCUUGGCCCCGCUGGACUACCGACCUUGCUUCUUGCACUCCUCCCAGCCGGACUUGCGAGUCAAGAAUUCAUCUUUGCUCCAUCGACAGCGUCACCGGCGCCGCUAGUCACUGCGAUUGAAUUUGAUCCCGCCACGGCUACACUGGCCAGCCAUGUCAAGUACAACGCGUGGGGUUGGUACUCUGUACGGCAAAAAACGCUGAUUUCACGCACGAUCUUGUUGACGGUGCUUGUUGUCAUCGAGACGUUGGUGCAUGCGUGGGGUACGAUUGAGGGCGUUGAGCUGGAAGGGGCGUUGGGAUAUGCAGGAAUUUGGGGGUUUGGAACCACACUUGUUGGCCUGGUAUUGAACUGGGUAGGAGGGCCCAGUGAUUGAUGUUUCAGUCUCCUGGUCUCCUGGGGAGUCACUUGGGGGAGGACUUGUUUGUGACUUGGAUUCAUCAUGAACGGGGAACUGUACUUGGUCAAAGAGCGCACGAUGGAUUGGAAUUCUUGUACGACAUUAGGGUGGGUUGGAACAUAUGGUCAUCAUCAGAGAUGACAGAGGGUCUUGCUGUAAGUGUGCGUGUGUUUUAGGUACAGGCAUAACAGCCUAGAGACUGAGGAAAGGACAAGUUUUGAGACUACUUAGAUGCCCGUGACACUGCUCCAUUCGAAGAGGAUGGGGUCGGGGUGUAAGUGUGUUGAUUGAUUGAUUGAUCGAGUCAUAGGCAGCAAUCUACAAUGCAAAACCACAAAUGGCUCAUCCAGGCAAUGCCACUUUCAAAA